AUGGCUGGGGCCCUGGCUGCCCCCGGGAGACACGGCCGGCCGAGAUGCUGGCGGGGAAACGGGGCGGAGGAGUUUGAGAAGAAGGAGGACGCGCCCCGGUGCGACCCCUGAGACCUCCCGCAGGAUCUCCAACUUGCUGCUGAGCUUGGGAAGACAUCACUGGGCCGGGCAGAGGUGGAGGGCUCUCUGCAGCAGCUGCAGCUGCAGGAAACCGAGGCCCUGGCCCAGCAGAUGGAGCUCCCGCCGCAGGUGAAGGAGCAGGGAGCGAAGGUUUACGAGCACCUCGCGGUCACGGCGAGGGAGCUGGAAGAAGCCAACCGACAGCUGGCCGCUGACAGCACGGCCUCCCAGCAGAAGUUUCUGAGUCUGGCUGAAAUGAUCAAAAACCUGCAAGCCAGCACCCAGCAGCUCCAGGGCCAAGUGGAGGAGCUGAAGUCCUUUGGCCAAAGCAGGGGGAGCCCGGGGAGGCGCGGCCCAACGCCCGCACCCGGCUUCUGGGGUGGGAACGAGCUGCCUGAGCUACGCCCACGCGGCGUGCACGACCCCGCGUCUGCAGAAAAGGUCGCUUCCUUGCCCAGUCAGCCAAGCCUCUGCGCAGAGGAAAAUGCGCAUUUGAAGAAGCUGGUGAGGACGCUGCGGGCGCGGCUGAGCCUGGAGCAGCAGCGGCGGGGGGCCCUGGAGGAGCAGUUCGGGCUCGUGCUGAAGGAGAACGCGGAGCUGGAGCAGCAGCUGGGGGCCGCCAGCGGCUACCGGGCCCGGGCGCUGGAGCUGGAGGCCGCGGUGGCUGAAAUUCGGCGGGUGCUGCAGGUGGAGCGUCCCUCCGCCGUCGAAAAGCUGGUGCCCGCCUCCCUGUCUGUCCCUUUCAGAGAGCCCGGCCAGAGCCUGCUGGAAGAGAUGCCGCCGACGGUGCCCGAGGCCCAGCGGAGGCCCCUCCGGAGGCCGCUGCAGCCCAACAGCAGCAGCAGCAGCGAGACGGUGCUGAGCAGCUUGGCGGGCGGGGACGUCGGGAAGAGCCACGAGCGGACCUGCAUCCCUUCGCCCGUGGAGCAGAGGGGUGUGUCCCCGCCGCAGGAACUCGACACACUGGAUAGCGCCCUGAAGGCCAGGUACGAGGAGCGGCUGACGAAGUGCGAGCAGCAGACGGGGGACUCGCUGUCCCACAAGGCUGUGCAGACGGCCAGGGCCCCGCCCCCCGCUGGGGCCGGCACCGGCACACCGCCUCCCAAAUACAAAGCGCUCUUUAAGGAGAUCUUCAGCCGCAUCCAAAAGAGGAAGCCGAUCGACAAGCAGGGAGGGAAAUACCGCUCUCUCCCCUCUCCUUAAUGGGGCCCCCAGCUCCCCCUGCUCAUUGCCUAAUCUCCCAUCACCCCUCUCCCACUCAGACAUGUGUGUGCAGACCCCAAAGCCUGAAGCUGCUCACUGCUUUGCUUACUUAGCAAGUGUGUGUGUGUGUGUGUGUGUGUGUGUGUGUGUGUGUGUGUGUGUGUGCGCGCAGUGAGGAAAGAGGAUGGCUCCUGGUGUCAGUUUCCUAACCCAGGUCCCUUUAAGCCCCGCAGUAAGUCCCUCCCGUGACACACGGGCUUCUGGCCGCCACCCAUUAGGCCGCCCUUCCCUGAGAAGCCCCAGCAGCAGCGAGGGCAGAGCUGUGCUCCUGGAGAGGUGGGCCUGGAGCUUCCAUGCUUACAUGCACAGUGCAUACUGCAGUCAGCCGCCAACUUGAACUGUUCCCAAGCACUGUUGGAGGCUGUGAAUUCAUGAAGACCGUUCAGGGGGAAGUAGGGGGUCUAAUCCAAAGAAACAGUAUUAACCCAGUAAUUGCAUAUAUUUUCCCUAAAAACCAAAUAAAACUACCUUUGAACAUGAA